AUGGUCUCGCACGGUCGUGGAGGCCAGGGCAAUAUCGGCCAUGAUGAUACCGAAUACGUCGACGGCGAGAUCGUUCGCGAGGGCGUCUACGGUGACCAGGGUGAUGGUGCUUACUCUGCCGGUCGCGGCGGCGCAGGAAACAUCGGUUCCCCAAUGGUGCGCCCAACCUCGAAAGUCCCCCACGACGCUGAGAUGAUCCCCGAGUUAGCGGUUCGGGGGUCUACGGAUGAGAAUUAUCAUACUGGGCGCGGCGGCCAGGGAAAUAUCCACCUCGACGAAGCUUCUUUGAAAGAGAAGAAGGAGAAGGAGAAGGAGAAGUCGCUUUCGCAUGAGGGGUUGGCGGAUAAGUUGAAGAAUAAGUUGCUUGGGAGGAAGUAG